AUGGCAGACGACGCUGACAUGCGCAAUGAGCUGGAAGAGAUGCAACGGCGUGCAGACCAGCUGGCCGAUGAGUCACUGGAAAGCACCCGCCGAAUGCUACAGUAUGUUGAAGGGAGUAAAGAUGCUGGAAUCAGGACUUUGGUUAUGUUGGAUGAGCAAGGAGAACAACUGGAACGCAUCGAGGAAGGGAUGGAGCAAAUCAAUAAGGACAUGAAAGAAGCAGAAAAGAAUUUGACGGACCUAGGAAAAUUCUGUGGUCUAUGUGUCUGUCCAUGUAACAAGCUUAAGUCAAGUGAUGCUUACAAAAAAGCUUGGGGCAAUAAUCAAGAUGGAGUGGUAGCAAGUCAGCCCGCCCGUGUCGUGGAUGAACGUGAACAGAUGGCUAUUAGUGGUGGCUUUGUUCGUAGAGUAACAAAUGAUGCUCGAGAAGCAGAGAUGGAUGAGAACCUUGAGCAAGUCAGUGGCAUUAUUGGAAAUCUUCGUCACAUGGCUCUGGAUAUGGGCAAUGAGAUUGACACACAAAACCGCCAGAUCGACAGGAUCAUGGAGAAGGCCGACUCCAACAAAGCAAGGAUCGACGAGGCCAACACACGUGCCACAAAGAUGCUGGGCAGUGGCUAA